ACAAAAUUUUUGUGCAUUUGUGAUUCAAAUUAAACACAAUGUACGUCUUGGUUAGGUGUUGCAUAUUUUUUUCUGCUUUUUCUUCUAUAUAUACAAAUGGAGUUGAUGUUGAUUUCAUACAAACCAGUCGAAAAUUUACCGCUGACCUCUAUAGGACCAUUGCAAAUAGAUACAGAGAUAAUUUUGUAUUUAGUCCUUUUUCGCUACAAAUUCUUUUAGCACUCACAUGUGAAGGAGCACGAGAUGAAACAAGACAACAAUUGAUAAAUGGUAUGUUCCUACAAAAUUCAACAGACAUGGUUCGAAAUGCUUAUAAAUCCAUAUCAGAAAAUAAUGAUCACAAUUUUGGAGUGGAUUUGAUAAAUUCCAAUGCCAUUUUCGCUGAUCUCGACGUUAGUCUUAAUCCUAGUUUCCAACAAAUCGCUUUGGACGCAUACCGAGCUGAAUUCCAGAAUUUGAAUUUCGCGGAUAAUGUUGCAAGUGCUGAUAGUAUCAAUGCAUGGAUAGAUUCUCAAACUAAUCACAAAAUCACUAAUCUAAUGACCUCUGAUGAUGUUAUGUUUGCCAAUUUGUUGUUGAUUAAUGGAAUUUAUUUCAAAGCCAGUUGGGAUAAGCAAUUCACGGAAGAGAAAAAUAUGAGAAAAUUCUAUAAUUACGGAAGAGAACCAUCCAAAGUUCCUUUUAUGCGCAUGAUUGGCUCAUAUAACUGUUACACCGAUAACGAGCUGGGAGCUAAUUUCAUUGAACUACCUUAUAAAGGAGAAAACUUAAGCAUGAUCAUAAUUUUACCAGUAAGUAAGGAUGGGUUGGAAAUCAUAGAGAAAAACAUCUUCCGUUUUGGUGAAAUACCACAUUGGGAUGAAAAAUCAGUUGAUCUCACUCUACCAAAGUUCAACGUAGAAACCGCGUACCAUUUUGCAGAUAUCUUGAAAGUGUUGGGAAUCAGGAAAAUAUUUAGUCCACAAGCACAAUUGGAAAAUCUUUCUGAGAAUAACCUUUACAUUACAGACAUAGUUCAAAAAGCAUUUAUUAAUGUUACUGAAGCUGGUACUGAAGCUGCAGCGAUAACUGUUGAUAUUGUGGGUCGUUUUGCAGAGAGAACAUUUGAUAUUGAUCAUCCAUUCAUUUUUUACAUUCAAAAAAACGGAGUCAUACUUUUUACUGGAAGAGUGAAUAAUAUUAAGAAUGUUUAAAGGAAUAAAUAUAAUAAAACUAUUUCCAACCAACACAA